AUGGAAAAUGAAAUCCAUGCUUUGAAGGAAUAGCUCUCAUAGUAGUAGAUACAAAUUAAAGAGUUUCAGACUAGUUUGAAAAAAAAAGAAGAGACUUUAGUUAAUCUUACAAAGUAGAAUGAAAGAAUAUCUUAAAACUAAGAGAAAUUAUAGAGGCAAUUAGAUAUGUUUGAAGAAUUGACUACAGAUUAAAAAGGAAAAAAAAUAUAAUACAGUGUCAAAGCUAAUUUAAAAAAUGAAAUCAUGUAAAAUUUAGUUGAGGAAAUUUGCUUUUAGCAGAGCAUUGCAAAAUUAGAACAAAAAAUGUAAGAAAUGAAUUUUAAUAUAAAUCAAAGGAUCUCUCAAAUUUAGACAGAUUUAUGCAAUGUAGAAGUUUUUUGUAAUAAAAAUAUGGCUAAAGUUUAAGAAACUGUAGAGGUUGUUAAUGAUUUCGAAAAAAACAAGAAUAUUAGCAAAGAUUUUUUGCAAAAAUACGAUUCUUUAAUGAACUUGUUGUAAAAAAAUGAACUUAUAUAAGGCGAGGUUAAAAAUAGAUGUGAACUACUUGAAACCUAGAUGGUACGCAAGGUUGAUAUAAAUGAUGUAGGAAAGCUUACUGAGUAAAUUAAAGAUGGAUUUGUCUCAAAUAAAUUAUUUACCACUUAGCUUGAAAACGUUAAACAAUAACUUUACAAUGAAAUAAAAAGAAAAACUGACUAAUCUUAAUUUGAUUAACAUGUUUACUAAAUAGAAGCUAAAUUAGAGUACAUUAAAAAUACUUUAAGAAGCUAACCGAAAAAUUAAUAACCAUCAACUGUUGUCAAGGUAGUUUAAAACUCAAAGUAAAAGGUUGAAAAAGAAGAGGAAUAAGAAAGAGUACCUCAAAUUGUUAAGUAAGAAAUUUAGAUGCAGCAAAUUAUAAAAGAGGUUCCUGUUAUAAACACAGAAAUAGUAAAUGGUUUAGAAAAAAAAAUAGAAUAACUACAAGUUGCUAUGAAUAAGCAUGCAGAGGACUUUAGUACAUAAAUCAUAGACUAUUAAAGUUAAAUUAUGAAUAUAAAAUCAAACUUCGAUACAAAAUUUAAGAUUUCUUAAGGUUUAGUGUAAUCUGCUUAAACAUCUGCAAGCGAAGCUGUAAAAAGAGGCAGAGAAGUUGAGCAAUAUGUCCUUGAUAAUAUGUUAACAAAAGAUUACAUAAGCUAAUUCUAAAAAAAAAUCAAUGAUAAAAUUGAUAAUUUUGAUAAAGGGUAUCAAGAAACAAUAGAGAAACUGACUUAAAUAUCAAAUAGAGCUACUGAUUCAUUAGGAGACUUAGCAAUUAGAUUAAGAUUGAUUCCAACCAGAGAAGAACUUAUCGAAAGGCUUGAAUUUGUCUAAGCUGUAUCAACCGAUAAUAUAUAAAUCAAAAUGGAUAUUUAAAAAAUUUUAGAUUUGCUAAAAGAGCAUGACGAAUUUUUCUUAUUAAAGGCAAACAAAAUUGAUUUAAAGAGAUUAGAAGAUGAAAUUGAAGUGAUUAAAAAGAAAGAGCCUGAUUUUAUAGUUAUGUAAUGCGAAAAAGAUGUUACUUAAAUUAAAGAUGAAGUCAAAGAAUUCUAAAAAGAAAUUAUUGAUUUUCGUGCAGAGAUAAUAAAAAUGCUUAAUUUUAGUAUCUUUGAAGAAGGAGAAUUAGAAACUUAUUAAGAAAAGCAAAAAUAAAAAGUAAGCUAUAAUAACUUUUCAUCUAAUAAUAGGAAUUCUUAUUCACCAAAUUUAUCUAAUAAUUAAACAUAAAAAUAAAUUAAUCCUUAACCAUUAAGGACACAACUAUAGGCAUAAUAAAACAGAAAAACAUCUAUAAUUAAUUAAUAAUAAAAAAAUAGCAAAAAUAAUUCAAAAUAGUCUAGUGAGCGUGAAUCAGCACUUUAGUUAGAAGAGCAAGAAACAGGGAGAUAUAUAUUUCCUUGGGUUGACUAAAUCAGAAAUGGUAUCUUUGACACUUAUUCAGUUUAUGAUGUUUUGUACACAAAGGCUAAUCACUCGUAAGUGUAGGAACUUUUUGACAAGAAAGCAAAUAAAAUGGUUGUGGGUAAAUUAAUGGAUAUUGUUAAUAAUAUGAAGAAGCAGCUUGUUUAUCUUGUUGUUGGAUAGAAUUAAUUAAUAAAAACUAUAAGUAACACAAGCGAAUAAGCUGGAUAAUCGCAAGGAACAAAGGAAGAAAAUCGUCAUAAGAGAGAAAUAGAAUUAUAAAGUUUACUUAGAUAAAAUACAAAACUCUUAGUAUGGAUUUCUUCUUAAGAUUUAGGGCAGGAUUAAUAAUUUGUUAAGAAGUUAAAGGAAAAAAAUGCAAUUACAGUAGAUUUCAAUAUGAUGGAGCAAAUGGUAGAAGAAGUAUUUUCAAGAUACCAACAAUUACAUAAGUUAUAUGUAAAAUAGCCAAACAUAAAAUAUACUCAAGAAGAAAUUAAGCUGUUAGAUAACUUUGUUAGGGAUAUAAUUCCUAAUAGAUAAUUAUAGUUUGACGAUAUAUAUAGAGAAGAUAAUCAAUUAGAAGUAGAAUAAAUUGAGUUCGAUUAAAAUGACUUUGUGGCUGAAACGAUGUAAUCAUAGCAUAUCAAAUCAAAUAAAAUCUUCAAAGAAAAAUAUGGCAUGGUGUUAGGGACAAGCUAGUAAUAAUCAUAAUUAUUGAAUGAAAAUUAAAAUUAUGGGAUGACUGAACCUAAUUAGGUCUUAUAAAAAUAAUUGAGCAAACAAAUAUCUAUCAUUCCAACUAAUAACAGUGAUUUUACAAAAUCUUAGCAAUUAGAAGGUUCAUCAUUUACCUUUAAAAAUAAUAAAAGCAAGCUAAGAAUCGAUGCUUCAGAUAAAAAAGAUAAAACAAAUAAAUCAAUUCAUAUUACUUAGCACACAAAUUAAUAAGAAGACGAAGAUAAUUUAUUUUUACAAUCUAUUCAAAAAGACACGCAACUUCUAAAGGAUUCUUUGAAUACCUUAAUUACUAAAGAUGGUUACACUAAAAUAUUUAUUUCACCAGAAGAGGCUGAAUAAAUAAAAAAAGAUUCUAAAUAUCUGAAGUCCUCUUCUACUUUUAUUUCUAAAAAAGCAUCAACUGUUUCAACAACAAGAGCACUUAAAAAGACAGCUUGUACAAACUAAUUUGCCACUAAUGAUAGCUAGGAAUCAAUACAAUAUUUAGAUUUAUUAGCAAGUUAGAAUUAAAAGGUUCAAGAAUAAAGGUUACUGAAUAACAAUGUCAUUACAUAAAACAUUAAAAAAAGAGAUGCCUAUAAAAAGUAAAAAUAAAAAUAAAAUGUGAGUAAAUUAAAUUAAACCUAAGUAACUCAAGGUUAAUAUAUGCUAAAUAACUCAAAUUCAGACCUAAAUCAAACAUAUUCUUAAAAUCUCACUCAACAAUCAAUUGAUUUAAGUACAAGUAUAUCUAGACGAAAUAAAAAUUAAGCAUCUUUCAGCCUAAGUAAUAAAAAAUAAUUUUCCCAUAGUGAAAAUAUUUCACCAAGAGAAGACCUGUUUAGUAAAACAAAUUACAAAUAAAAACAUAAAAAUAGUGAAACAUCUUAUGACAUAACAGACUUUUGA